UUUGGCUCUUACCGGCUACCGUAUAGUCCUUCCUGCACUUGGACUCCCCUGGAGUUAGUUUGCCCAGCCAUUUAAUCUUUGAGACUUGCUGGGAGGCGGGGGGAGGGGUGUUGUUUUUAAUCCCACAAACACCCUGCAAGUGUUAGUCAAGCAACGCCCUCCCCCAUGCCCUUGAAAUUCUGGGAACGCGGCUGCCCCAUGGUGGUCAUGUGACACUGGCGUCCAGCGUAUCCUCUCCGGGCAACCGUUCUGGAGACCUACACAGCUGGCUACAACAUGAACGUGAUCUACCCACUGGCGGUGCCCAAGGGGCGCCGGCUCUGCUGUGAGGUGUGCGAAGCUUCGGCCGAGCGGGUGUGCACGGCCUGCACAGUCACUUAUUACUGUGGUGUGGUUCAUCAAAGAGCCGACUGGAGAAGCAUCCAUGAGAAGAUCUGUCAGCUCCUGAUUCCGCUGCGCACUUCUAUGCCCUUCUACAAUUCAGAGGAAGAACGUCAGCAUGGCCUCCACCAGCUGCAGCAGCGGCAGAAGCAUUUGAUUGAAUUCUGCUACACCGUAGCCCAGAAAUAUCUCUUUGAAGGAAAACAUGAAGAUGCUGUCCCAGCAGCUUUGCAUUCUCUUCGCUUCCGCAUGAAUGUGCACGGCCUGAGUUCAGUAGAGCUUGUGCCUGCUUACCUGCUGUUGGCUGAGGCUAGCCUUGGUCUGGGCCACAUCGUCCAGGCUGAGGAGUAUCUAUCCCAAGCCCAGUGGACAGUCCUCAAAUCAACUGAAUGUUCUUAUGCCACCCACUCUUUACUGCAUCGGAACCUGGGACUUCUCUGUAUGGCUAAGGAAAACUACGAGGAAGCCCGUUAUCAUCUGGCCAACGAUAUUUAUUUUGCCAGUUGUGCAUUUGGAACAGAAGACAUCAGGACCUCAGGAGGCUACUUCCAUCUGGCUAAUAUCUUCUAUGGUCUUAAUAAGUUGGACCUGGCAGACACGCUGUACACCAAGGUCUCUGAGAUCUGGAAUAAAUAUUUGAAUGAUCACUAUCAAGUCCUCUCACAGGCUCGCAUCCAACAAAUAGAUUUACUGGGCAAACGAUUUGAGGCUGACACCGGCUUGGAUGAAGCCCAGGAAGCAGAAGCCAUUCGGAUCCUGACUUCAGUCUUGAACAUUCGAGAAUCCACAUCUGACAAAGCCCCCCGAAAAACUAUCUUUGUUCUGAAAAUCCUGGUCAUGCUUUACUACCUGAUGAUGAAUUAUUCAAAGGCACAAGAAUAUGCCAUGAGAGCCUUCAAUCUAGCCAAAGAACAACAGCUCAGUGACCAUGAACAAAACACCAUUCAAGAAUUACUCAAUCUCAUCUUGGCUGAAGAAGGUUAUCCCAUUAUUUAGUGACCCAUGAAUUCUGCGUCAGGGCCUAUGCAAGGGACUGUUGAAUGUCUUAUAUAUUCCAGGCUUGCACAACUGCUCUGAGGUACUACAAAUUGCUGAAGUUCUCACCUCUUCCCCUGUGAUUGCACACAUAGUUGUGUGUUUUUAUUCUUGCACAGAAUAUGUGAGGGAAUAGAGAGCUUGAGGCAUAAAAUCAGUAAAACCUGUUUAUCAUGACCUUUGCACUUGGUUUAUAUAACUUUGUAUGACAGUAAUGUGCUGUCAGCUCACUAAUAUGGUAUUUGUAAUUAAACUGCAAAUAGUUUGUCAUAUUUCCCAGAAGUUUCUCAGUACAUGUUUCAUAGAUCUUUGCCAAAAAAGAGGAUGGAGAUAGAGCUAUAUUGGA